UUUACAUUCUACUAUAAUACAUUCUGCUAUGUCGCUAUCGUCUUCAACAACUGUGUAAACAGAAUGAUCGCGAUUAUUCUUUAUAAUUAAUUUUAUAGAGAAUUGCAAACUGACGUUGUUGAUGUGAUAAUGAUAGAGAACGCUAUGGAUGAUACUGUGAAUAUGAUGAACAAGUUCUUUCUUCGUUCUGAGAAUUUUUAACGUAUGAUUUUGCGUUAACUACCAGCUACGAUUAUUUGCAAUAAAUAUGUUGGAGAAUUAAUGAUACUAUAAGACGUAAAAGUCAGCCACAGCUAUGUUAUUUAUUCUAUGAAAUGGACCUAACGCAUUACAUUUCCAACCUUUAUUGUGCAUGCGCAUCUGAACUGGAAUACCGAGGAGAAUUUUAUAGCAAUGAAAUUCAAUAAUUACUGUUUCAAAUACAGGAUUACUGAUUCCGUUUGUCCAUGUUUGGUAAGAGAUCUGUAAGAUUGGUAAGAUAUGUACGAAAUCUGUUAAUAAUUCCUUAAAUCUCUAUCUUUCGAUUUUAUUGCGAUGCAGGAGAUAUUUGUAAAAAUCAAAUGUAAUUCAUCCAAGAUACUAUCGUGGUAGAAUAAAGUAUUGUAAAUAUUAUAAGUACAUAAUAAUAUUCAAUCAUUUUCUUCUAUUAUAUAAAAUAAUUUAUUGAAAUAAUUGAUCUUACAAUACCAUAUUGUAUUCUUGCCAAAGGAAAUAUUUAUAAUUGAACGGAAGGUAAAUUUCCUAUAGAUCCUUGAUGUUGCGAAUUCAUCGAUGGGUAGCAUCGGUUUAUUCAUGAGUUUAAUUUUUCUAACCAAUCAGUCCAUAAUCACAGUGCGCCGUUAAUUAUAGUGGAAUGAAAUUAUGUACAUACGUAAAUCAGUUUCACCGUUUCACUUACUUCUAAUCAAGAUUGGCCCUUUUAAUAAGGGGACCAGAUGCAAGAAAUAUUUUGGAGUCCCAAAUAAUUCCUUAUCGGUAAAAAAGCAUAUUUUUUUGAAAAAAUAAAGAAAAAUAGACAUAAUAAAGAAAAUAACACCAAAAAAUAAGAAAAUAAACAUUAACAUAUUUAAACAUGUAACUUAUUAUUGUUAUAUCAUCAAUAAUAUUGAAAAAAUUUCAAUUUUUUAUAAUAUUUUUAUCAAUAGUUAAUAUAACAUGUGCGUUUAAUCGUUUUGCACACAUUCUGGCAGAGUUUACAAAAUGAAAUUAAUUUUAACAAAUUAAAAACUUUUCGUUCUAAUUUUUUUCUUUUUAAUUAUUUUGUCCUUUUUCGGGGCUCCUGUAUAACCUUGUUACAUCUUCUGUGUAAACGGCCCUGCAUACAAUCGUUGGAAAAUAUGUAUAUUUCGUUUUCUUGAAAUAUCGAGACAAUGUUACAUAUCAUGGAAAUAAAUUCAAAUAUAGGAAACAAUGUCAUCAAUCAUGUUAUUUAUUAUCGAAUGAUUUGGUAUUUCCGAUAUUACAAAUAACCUUGGUAAUGUUUCAAAGAUAAUUAAUCUCACUCGAUACUCCGGUACUUGUAGAUAUGUAUAGCUACAUUAACUACAUACAUGCUAAUGAUGUCUGUGCGUGCGUUGGUCUACCUUGAAUUGUUAUGUGCGGUAAUCAGUCCAUUCUGGUUCAAAGGUGAAUUAGAUUUCUCCGUGUUCCCCUACGACACAAGAUGAUGUACAAGAUGUUUUAGAAGUCAAUGAUGCAGGGAAUAGAAAUGAAGACUACACCGGUGAAGUUUAGCGGGAAGGUACUGAAAUGCCCUGCACGUGUUUAGGAAAACAUCUUUGCUGGAAACUUGGUUAGAGAAUUUGUAAAACUAUUCUGUAAGAACAAUUUUUUGGUAACUUCAACUUGUGAAACAUUCCAUCGUUUCCAACUAAACGAAAUACCCUGUAUACCUACGUAACUUUGUUAGCGAACAAUAUGUAUACGUCGAAUAUUUUUGUCAAAUUGCAAGUGAACUAUUUCGAACGGUGUUGAUAAUUUGAUUGUAUUAUAUACAUUUAACGUUGCUUCAACAGCGGAGGUCAUUAGCAGAGCAGCACAGUUAACAAUCUAUAAUUUUAAAUACAAUUUUGUAGAUAUCAGGAAUCGAAGGAGGUUCAGCAGAUUUUGGCUAGGAUCCAACAAUUUGAUCAUAUCAUUAGACGGUUUAGUAGUUCUCCUAGUUUUAAGUCUACUAUAUUGUAGUAUAUAAUUUACAAUUACUUUAACAUGAAAUUGUGUAUCAAGAAAAAGCGAUUGUACGAUUACGCAACUGUCUGGAACGUAAUCUUAAGGUAAUAUUUGUUCCCUUAUUAGAAAUUAGGACAUUGAUUGGUAUCUAUGGACAACGACAAAAACUUUGCGUGAAGAGUGUUCGACAGAAUAUUUCUUAGAUAAUAUGUCGUCAGGCUGUUUCUCAUUAUCGGUUAAUGGUGCAAUGAUAGUAAGUGUGCUUCUCUGAGACUGGUACCAGCACCAUUGUGCGACGCAAAUGUUGAGUCAUCACGACUGAAAAUAUCGUAAUUACACCGUCCGUUUACACACGUAUAUUUUCUCCUUGACUGUAUGCAGUGUACCUGCAAAUGGUGACGUGUCCAGAACAUUCGAGCUUGAACUGCAUGAUUUGCUCGCGGAAAGAAUAAAGUAAUGCAUCGUGACCAUUUCAACUCGCUUCCUUUAAAUUGUGAUUAUUUCCGUUUUUAUCGGAGCUAUAUUUGAAAGUCGUGGUUCGAAAUUUUAAUAAAAGAACGUUAUUCGGACAGAAUGAGGCAUUUCCAUUUCUUCGACGUUUAAUUAAAACUUUAAAUACGAAGUAGUCAUUUCCUCGAAUUUAAUAGAUAUGUAUGAAUAAUCCUUCUUCCUUUAAUUUUCUAAUUUUAUGGAUAACGAAAAUAUAAGCACUUAGAUGCUGAACCAUUGCAUAGUAAUAAUAUGCUUUGAUUCGGUAACGUAAUAUUGCGAAUUAACUUUCGUUAAAAUAAAAAAAUUUCGAUUAAUUAUUCAAACGAAGGAAAGGUAUGAUUUCUCCGAAGAAGCUUCCAAUUAUUCCAAUAUUCUGAUUAUUCAAUUUCGUCUAAACAUUCAGAAGCUUUAUCAUAUACGAUGACUGUCAGGAAAUCACUUUGAACAUCUCGAGGACAGAUUACGUUCUUGAUGUAAUUUACUUAGUAAUCAUGUAAAAUAAAUCUUAUUGUGACAAAAUGUCACUCAUUGUUCCACAAGACUUCACUCGUUAAUGAAAUACCUUGAACUACCUCGUAUUGUAUGAUCUUCGCAUUGAUAAUAACUGAUUCAGUAUGUUCUGUUUCUAAGUUUUGACAAGAUUGGGACAAAUUUUGGCAAAACUAAUUUUCCUAUCGCUCAAUGGCUUUUUACUUCUUAACUAAACUUUAUUAUUAAUUCCGCAAUUACAAAUAUAUUUAAGUUGUGAGAUAUAAAUUUACUCAACAAUGUUUCAUUAUCGAUUAAACGAUUCUACAAAAGAAUUACAGUUCACGGACAGCGAAUAGUAAAGUUUGCUUUAAGUAAUUGAUAAGUUACAUUAAGACUGUGAAAUUCCUUUCCGAUCUUCAAUAUGGCAGGACGUUUCCGAAUGCAUAUUCCUCCAAGACAUUUUACCAUAGUUCCUAUUUUUAUUCCCAGGAAAUAUUUCAUAAUCAGUUUACUAACUCCUGACUGGUUCAAGUGAUAUUGAUUGAAUAAUUUGCCACUUGAUUAUGAACUAAAUAAAAUUUAAUAUGAUAUUGUUCGAAAAUUUUAAAUACAACUUUACUAAUUUCUUCUCUAUUAUAUAAAAUUAUAAUCAUUGACUUUCUUUCAAAUCAUAAAAAACAUAGUACAUGUUAACGUGUGAUUCAUUCUUCGCGUUCACGAUAUAACCUGAACACGUCAAUUCGUUACGUAUUCCUACAGACGAAACAUUAUUUUCUUUGAAAAAAGACAAGCGAAACACAAGUUGUUAAAUUACGCUAAAUGUACAUUUUUCUUUCAUUGAUUUUUUUUAUGAUUUGCACGUGAUCUGCUCUUAUUCUUCUCGUACACAUCCAUUCAGAAAGGCGUUUCCCUGGUUCCAUUCAUUCAAUCGACGACAAUAUGUCGCGACACAAUCACGCAAUCAUAGCACGCUGUCGAAUAACAUUGUUCGUUUCUUUCCGUAAAAGAUUCAUCGUUAAACUACUAUCGCGGUUAAAAGUCCUAUCGAAGUUAAAAGUCUUUACAGAGAGAAACAUAAUAUUUCUAUUACAUUCACUAUGUUCUUGGAAUUUUUAGAUUCCAAUCUUGCUUUCGUGAUAAUAAACAGAAAGACUUUCAAUGUUGUAAAGAGAAAGUGUAACUAACACAGGAGCGAGAAGACAUGCAUACUAACAACGGAUCUUUCAUAUUUUGUUAAAAAAUAAAUUUAUGUACGCUGCUACUUAUUCUUUCAUUAUGAACAGUUAUUGAAAUAAAACUGAUCAAAAAUUGAUAUAAAAGCUGAAAUUAUACAAAAAGAAAUAAGAAGAAAAUUGAUAUUAUACGCAUGGAUAUCUGUAAAUAUAUAUAUAUAUAUACAUAUAGACAAUGAUUUUGAAAAAUUGAAUUUUUAUUAUGAAAAAUUGUUUUUGAAAAGUAAAAAUUCCUUGUAUUCGAUAAAAAGAAAAAACUCACAACUUUCUCUAAUCUCACACAAUGAAAUGAAUCUGGAAUCACAGAAAGCGAAUAUUUCCAUCAAUUUCGUGCAGCUUUGUCUUCAUAUUUUGCAAGUCACGUCCACUGCUUUAAUGCUUUGCGCAUUCUCUUAAUCGGUUUCUAAAAUUAUCUGCGGGAACAUAAUAUUCAGACGUCACAAUCUGUGUUAAGGUCGAGCGAAGGAAAAGUGGAGCGAAUAUUCGCUCGUCACUCUCGAACUGCAUUUCAUGCGAAAACUUUAUCGACAAGCCGAUGUUCCAAGAAAAAGAGAAUGAAAAAGCGAAAAAGCAUAAACUUACGAUAGCCUUAUGAAAAAAUAGAUAAGUAAUAAAAAUAAUAAUGUCUUAGAGAAAUAUUAUUCAAGGCCGUAUUGACGAGAAAAAUAGGUUUUGACACAGAGCCGAAAGUUUAGACAUUAUCCAGUGACUCUCCCGUAUCAAGCGGAGCCAGGCACUGUUUAUAGAUUACCACCGGGCGUACACUGUUGGUUGCUAUAGCUUGAAAACGAUUUUCCACCUGUGUGCCACCUUUCGUCGGCACGAAGGAAUCUCUCAAGGGUUGUAUCCAGCGUGGGGGAGUCGAUCACGGUUAGCCACACAGCGAAGUAACCCCGUCCACCAGGAUAGAACUGUUGAAAAAUGGAAGAACCCUUAUCUUGGAGGAUACCUGAAAGCACUCGACGAGAAUCCCAUUCGGCUGGCAGUUGAUAAACCGAAGGAAAGGAUCGUGGAAAGAUCGUAGGCCUAUCGAGAGUGGCAGGUAAGAAGUAAAAAGGAAGGAAGAAAAAGCGUAAUCUAGAGUGGACAAACGUUAAGAAAAAGACGUUUGGAGGACGUGAAAGAGCGUAAAGAGGGAUGUCUGAAUGGGUGGUGUCUGCUCGUGUCGAGGUCGCGGUAGCCAGGUGAAUGCUGGCUCGAUCCUUGAUCGAGUGAUCAGUCAUGCGAGCGAUGAGGAUCAAUGUCUAUUGUAUCGUCUGGCCAAUUACAAGAAGGGCGGCGAGCUGAUCGAGUCGUACAAUCAAGGUGGCCAAGCGGAAGUGGAAAAAUUGAUCAGGGAACAGUUCGGUGUACUGAUGUACGCAGAUGGGAAGGGUCAGGCGAUCAAUCGGGCGGAAUAUCUACGUUGGAAAUUCCGUGACCUCGAGCAGGUUGUGCUACCAAUAGAGGCUUCUUUGUCACAGUUUGAUCCUCUGGCUCAAUGGAACGAUCAUGAAGCAUGUUGGCAGAUGCAAUAUAGAGGAUCACUCGGAGAGACUCUCCUGCAUGUCCUGAUUAUAUGCGAUACCAGGAUACACACACGACUAGCGCGUAUUCUGCUUAAGUGCUUUCCACGAUUGGCUAUUGACGUAGUCGAGGGCGAGGAGUACCUCGGCGCUAGCGCUCUGCAUCUCGCUAUCGCGUACAACAAUAAUGAACUGGUUCAAGAUCUCGUGGAGGCGGGCGCGAUUAUUUCUCAGAGGGCGAUAGGCAGCUUUUUCCUGCCUAGGGACCAACAACGAACGAAUCCAGCUAAGAAUACGGAUUACGAGGGAUUAGCAUACCUGGGAGAGUAUCCCCUCGCCUGGGCUGCUUGCUGUGCAAACGAGAGUGUUUACAACUUAUUACUCGACUCUGGCGCUGAUCCCGACGAGCAGGACUCUUUUGGGAACAUGAUACUACAUAUGGUAGUCGUUUGUGAUAAAUUGGACAUGUUCGGGUAUGCCCUCCGUCAUCCGAAGCUUCCUGCUCGCAAUGGGAUCGUGAAUGCCGCCGGACUGACCCCAUUGACGCUCGCCUGCCAGCUGGGUCGUGCAGAGGUCUUUCGGGAGAUGUUGGAACUGUCUGCACGAGAAUUCUGGCGUUACAGUAAUAUCACCUGCUCGGCAUAUCCGCUGAAUGCACUCGACACGCUGUUACCUGACGGCAGAACAAACUGGAACUCCGCGCUAUUUAUCAUUCUGAACGGUACGAAGGAGGAGCACUUGGACAUGCUGGACGGUGGUAUUAUUCAGCGAUUACUCGAGGAAAAAUGGAAGACCUUUGCGCGGUUGCAGUUCUUGAAACGGUUGAUCAUCCUGGUGUUCCAUCUGACAUCACUCUCGCUAGCCGUGUAUAUGAGACCGUCGAACAUCGAUGCCACCCUCCUGGAAUGGCCGGAAGAAAUCACGGAAGUUGGACGCAUGAUCGCGGAGUGCACCACGGUGAUAGGUGUGCUGAGCUACAUUUUGGUGCAACUAGGCGGCGAGGUAGUCAACAUUGGUCUUCUAUCGUUCAUGAAACAAUUGAGUCACGAGCCUGCCAAGCUCAUAUUCUUGAUCAGCAAUCUGCUCAUACUCGCGUGCAUACCAUGUCGUCUUGCUGGUAAUAGGCAUGCUGAAGACGCAAUACUCGUGGUUGCUGUUCCCGGCUCUUGGUUCCUCCUCAUGUUCUUUGCUGGCGCUAUCCGGUUGACUGGUCCAUUCGUUACUAUGGUCUACAGUAUGAUAACCGGUGACAUGUUGACCUUCGGGAUAAUCUACAUGGUGGUGCUGUUCGGAUUUUGCCAGUCGUUCUACUUUUUGUACAAAGGCUUCCCGGGAGUGAAAUCAUCCCUCUACAGUUCCUAUCACUCGACCUGGAUGGCACUGUUUCAGAUAACCCUCGGCGAUUAUAACUAUACGGACCUCGGCUACACAACCUACCCUAAUUUAUCGAAGAUGGUGUUCGCCAUAUUUAUGGUCCUGGUGCCCAUACUGCUGUUGAAUAUGCUGAUUGCGAUGAUGGGCAACACUUACGCGCAUGUGAUCGAGCAGAGCGAGAAGGAAUGGGUGAAGCAAUGGGCGAAAAUCGUGGUUUCUCUGGAGCGUGCAGUCGCGCAGAAAGAUGCGCAGAAUUAUUUGCAAGAAUACAGUAUUAAACUGGGACCUGGAGAUGACCCGAACAACCCCGCCUCGGAACAGCGCGGAGUCCUGAUUAUUAAAAGUAAAUCGAAAACCAAGGCGAAGCAACGCAAAGGCGCGGUGGCUAAUUGGAAGCGCGUAGGCAAAGUGACGAUAAACGAAUUGAAGAAACGUGGUAUAACAGGAGAGGCGUUGCGACGAGUCAUGUGGGGCCGAGCAUCUUUCUCCACUCCUGUCAGAACAAGUCCAAACACUGCCGAGCCUCAAGUUUCAGCGGUUACGGCCGGUUUUGGAGACGCAUUGACCGCAGCGCUGGAUGUGAUGGCGUUCGCCCACGAUCUCGACUUGUCUACUGCUACGGAAGGAAUUCCGACCAACAUCGGCGCGAAGCAGUCGAAAUCGAAGACCGCCUGCAAGGAUCAAGCGAAAUCGGCGACGAAUAAUCAGGAGAAAGGGUCGACGGACGUUCAGCAACAACGGAAACUAACCACGGAAAAUCUGGAUAAUCUGGCGAGCAGUCAUAAUGAUAUUGACAAAACAUCCAGCGAAUUUGUGGCCGUUCGCGAGAUGAAUUCGAAGAACGCGAGUCAUUCGAGCAUGGCCGAGGAUUUUCAGGAUCCGCUUUUGGAGCUUGUGAUUGCUUCCGAAAAUACGGACGAUCCUGAAACGCUGCUGAAAAUAGCGGAGCGGGCCGCGGCGAAUUUCGAAGUAGAGAGCAGUUCGAAAAUAAAUCUGCAAAUUUUGGAGCAAUUCACGAUGACUAAGCUACCUAUGGAGGAGAAAGUUGCCGCUAGAAAGAAGCAGUACUUUGUUGAAUCGAGUGACAACGAUUUUGGUGGCGACAACCUACUCGGAACCGAGGCCCGUCUACGUAGAAUAAGAUCAGCGAACAACAGAUUUAUCACGACACGGAGACGGUCGCGGCACACCGAUGACGACCUGUCAUCUACGUCGUCCACAUCCGCCGACAGAAAUCCUCAAUAUCAGCCAUUGCUCAACGGCCCUGAGAACUUGGCGAGCCGUCAAAUCGAAAGUCGAGAGAGCUCUAUCGAAGCAAUUAAGCCGCAAGUAAAGCAGAACGGGUCAUGCGAUUCAGUGAAGAUCAAGGUUCAGAAGCGUCGACCGAAAACGGCGAAAAAUAGGGUAUCACCGAAGGAAAUAGAGGAGGCUGGUCCGAGGAGAAGAGAAUCGAUCGAGCGGAAUAAGGCGGUUUCACCGGCGACGUCGCCUACUGAUCCGCUCGAACCAUGGAGCACACGCGGCAUUAAGGACAUGAACACGAUAUUGGCUUGGGAGGAGAAUACGCCGGACAGUCCUUAACGAAACUUUACGAUAUUAUGCGCCGUGUACCUCCGGCUGACCGUUCGAUCGACAAAAUGGCAUCAAUGGUUUUUGCCCUGGCAGCAAGCUGCGACGCGUCAAGUACUUGGAAGCUCGAGAUCGCUCGAAAGCCAAACCGAGAUUCAAGUGAUAUAGAGAAUUCUUGAAGGAUUCGAUGGUAACGUUGAGGAAGUAUCGAGAGAAAAAGGGAAAACACAGUCGCUACAAACGGUAUUUGUAUGCCCAUCAAACAAACUCUUAUCGCAAGAUAUAGUUUCUGUUAUUUAAAUAGCUUCUCACAUUUCACUUUCACAGUAUCAAUGUUAUUUGCAGUAUUGAGUUUGUAGCUGCCGACUAUAGGUAUUGGAAUACUUAUUGAUAUUUGGUGCAGAAUGCUAUUCACUGCUUUUAUCCUUUAGUUAUUUUAUUGCUAACCAGUCAUUUCGUCCGCAACGUAUAUGUAUUUUUUGUAAUGUAAAAUAUUAAGUAGGAAAUGAAAUUUGUUAGAUUUUUCGAAUAAAUGUAACCAGUAGGUGUCCCAAUAUUUAUGGUUGGUUAUAUGAAAGUAUUACUAAGUCGGACGAAAUUUGAAAUACUUGGACCCAAUUAAUAGGUAUGUAAAUGCCCAAAUAAAUACAACGAUGUACAAAUGCUUUUUUGUAGCCACUGUAUAUUGCCAGUUCGAAGCAUAUAUACAUGUAAUGUAUAUAAAUACGUACAAGUUUGUUUUUCGCUCAAACUGUCUGGGUACAACGCGAAGUUAUGUUAUUUCGUGUUAUGUCUGUCGUUAUUAGGCAUUUUACAUCUUAUUUCAGCGAAACGCAAUUUGUCUUACAUCGAGUAUUGUGUGUAACAUAUUUCCGUUGAGAAAGACAAAGUGAAAGUUGACAAGAAUCUUUUUGAUUUCAAUUGUUCGAAAUGAAUUUUAUAGAACUUUUGAAAGUUGUUUUAACUUCGUAUCGCAAAAGUAAAUUGUGAUUGAGUUUCUUUAGAGAUGUUAGAGAGAUUCAGAAACAAACUUGCAGUAAUUAACGAAUGAAAAAGAUAUAGGUUUUUAUUCGAAAAAGUGGUUCAAACGUUAAAAUUGUAACGUCAUCAGAUCAAGUUCAUUUAUGUAUUUAAGGAACAAUAGGAUUAAAAAUUUAAUAAGAUUGUCGUCCUUGUACGCGGAUGAUACAAGGAGCGUUUUUGCCAUUCAUUUAGUUCGUUAGUUAAAUCUCUAUAAAUGAAUAACAAACGUAUCAAAUGUUCAUCCAAGAACACUCUAAUCCGAUUACAAGGAGUACGAAAAUACGAAGAUGCUAGGCGAAAAAGCGUUUAUUCCUUUUGUAGCGUACCAACAUUGACUAAUACCAUAAAGGACAAUGACGUAAUGAUAAAAUCAACAAAUAGCAAUUUCUUUCUGCAAAGGGAUUAAUUCUUCGCAUUUGUGAUCGCAGAAAAAAAUCAAAGAACUAAAAUUCUUGCUGACGAACGCCACUCGUUUGAUCAGAUGUUGCUCAUUAAACUGUUCUUUGAUAUGAAAGCAUAUACAUCUCGAUAAAGAAACAACAGCAAUGAAAAAUAAAACUCUAGAUAUUUUGAAACAAAGUUUUGAAAAUUACUUAAUUAAAAGCUUUUAUAGAAAUAUUGUAUAAUAAAAUAUAUAUAGUAAUUUGAAGCAUAGUUUGGGUAUCUACGAAUAAACGUUCAGUUUUUGAUAGAUCAAUUUUAAUUAAAGAUAUUGCUCUAGCAUAUAGAUUAUUGAAGUUCAAGAAAGUUCAAGUUGAAGAAACAAAUGUAUCAUGAUAUCAAGUAAUUUGGCAUUUAAGUAGUAUCUAAGUAAUUUUUAAAUUAAAUAAAAAAUAUGAAGGAAUUUAAUAAAAAAUAUUGCACGUGCCAAAAAAGAAAAAGGAAUAUAAAUCUUAUAACAGUACGCCCUAUUUGACAAAUGAUCGGAAUACUUACACGGGGCUAUACAGUUGUAAAUAUUUUAGGACAUUUUGUAGAGUAAGAUUCAAAUAGCGUUAUGUAUAAACGAUUUUUGCAUUAGAUCAAUUUUCCAGUAGAUCAAUUUUAAAUAAAAAUCAUUCUAAGAUCAUUCGUAUGGCCAUUUCCUAGCGUAGGGAUAAGGAAGAGAAGAUUAAGGUUUAUACAUACGAAAAGUAAUGUGAAUUUUGAUCCAUUAAGAAAUUUCUUUUGUGUUUACUCUCAAGUUAAAAUUCGAUAGAAAUUCUAAUUUCACGUUCAAAAAUUCUAUUUUAAUUUAUAAUUUGCUAUUAUUACUGAUAUGGAUCUAAAUUAUUAAUUUUGCUCCCGUUUUUCCCACGUUCGAUUUUGAAAGUUUAUCAUGCACAUAACGCUGCACUCACAACUCUUCUAUAACUCAUCUUUAUAUUUAUUCCAAGCAGAGUGUUAUUAAAAUACUUAAGAAAAGUUUCCUACUAUUUAUAGGAAUGAAAGAUGUAUUGUGCAAACUUUCCUUCUUCAGAGUUACGGUCUUCGAAAACCACAUGCAAAGUUACAUCGACUUCUUCGUUUAAUGAUCCAAAUGUAAUCGAGCUCUUAUAACAAUGAAAAAAGAAAUACGAAACCGUACAAUCGCAAAUGUUUUUCCUUGGAAUUGGAAUUUGGAAUUUUGAAGUUGCACACAAAACGGUAUAUUUGUACGGAAGAAAAAAGCGUAGGAAGGAAAGUUACAAUUAUCGGAAAAUGUAGGAAAGAAUUUAAAUUAUUGUAACAGAAAUUAUCAUGACAAAGUUAACAGUGCAAGAGAUUAGAAGUUAUACGUACAAGCUAAUAUAGUAUACAAGAUGUACCGCAGUUACGUUUGAUACGUAAAAAUAGGGAAAUUGGAACAUAUUU